CUCAAAACCAAAUACGCCAUUUUGUAGAGAAUUAAAUUUUCUACGAAACCAUAUGUUUAGAAAUUUAUUUUUCGAAAACUUUCUCGACUAAAAAUAGAAAAUCCGAUUUUUGAAAUGUUCAAAAACCGGUUUUGAGACUCAAAAACCAAUUUUUAUCAAAAAAGCGUUUUAAACGGGUUCUUAGAAUUAAAAAUUACAUCUAGUGAUAUAUUCAAAAUUUUCGCAAGCGAAAAUAUUUUUUUUAUAAACUUGAUCAGCGAAGUGUCGCGUUACGUGGACAAGCCGAAAAAACCAUCCGAUGCAAAAAUAUUGGAUAACUUUGUAAUAUAAAAACUUAUCUUAGAAAAAAUGGUUGCAAAAAUAUAGCCGUCCUCUUAAGAGGUUUUGACCGCCUAAAAAACAUUCCCCUGAUCACUCGAUAUCAGUCAGGUACGUAAGAGGUUGUGAUCGACCAUUUAGGAGGUUUUGACAGAUCGUUUACGAGGUUGUAACCGCCUAAAAAACAUUCCCCUGAUACCAUUUUGAUAUCAGACAGGUACGUAAGAGGCUGUGACCGACCUAAGUGGUUGUGAUCGCCAGUUUAAGGGAUUGUGAUUGAGGGUUAAGAGGUUGUGACCGAAAGUGAUAUCAUAUUUUAAGUAGGUUCAAAGAAAACCAUAAUACCGGUUUUUGAAUACAUAACUGCAACUUCUUCGAAGUCUUUCACAAAAAGCCUAACACUUUAAUGUGGUAUGUAGAAGAUAAAUCAAUAUCAAAAAUAAAAUCCUGUUUCAAAGUUUUAUCGGCAGCUAUCACUGUCUUAUAAGGAUAAACCGUUUAAAUAUUUCUCCAAAAUGGCUUUGUGUUUACUCAGUUUUUUGUAUUUAUUUGGAUAUUUCCUAUGGUACUCGCUGUUUUUCACUAUGUAGUAUUUUUCGCAAAUAUAAAUAAUCAAAUUUAACGUCGGUCUUCUGACCUUCACUGAAAAACUUAAAAACAAAUUGAUGUCUUACCCUGAUUAUUCUUUUUAUCUAGAAAAUUUCAGGAAAAUCUUAAUAUCGACUGCUUCGCAUUUUAUCCUAGGUUCUACUUUUAGAAAGACGUAUUUUUCUUCACUGUCUGUAUUGUCAAUCAAGCUCUUACACAAUCGAUUGAUACUAAUUAACCUUAGAAAGUCUUCGGAAAAUUAUAUAUUACAUUACAAUCUUUUCUGCAUUAAUAGAUAACUAAAUCUACAAUCAUAAUGCUGUAUUAUAUUUGGUCAAAAAUAACUUAUCGGUCUUCGACUAACAGUUUCAAACGCAGACAAUAAUUAAUUCAUGUGGCUCUUUCUAGUAUGGUUUGUUCUUCUUCUUCAUUUCAUGCUUCUUAAACAGCUGAUGUCUACACUAUUGAAACACAUCGAUGUAUAGUUGUCCGGCAAACAUGAACGAUGAUGAAAAAUAACCGUUCGUCCAUUUUUCUAUAUAUAUAUAUAUUUAUAUAUACAUGUGGCUGAGUGGAAAAGAACAACAAGAACAUAUAUGUGCAGUCUAAUCCAUAUUUACCUUUCUUUGCAUAUACAGACAUAGUGCAUGGUGAUUGUAAAAGAUGCGGUCAGUCAGAAUAGAGUGAUAUAUUUGUACAUGUUAGACGGUCAUUAUUGUGAAAAAGCAAUAAAAUUUUUCAUUCCUUCCUUUCUGGUGACCUCAAACUACGUUCAGAAUUGUUCAUUCAAGGUUUCUUACGUAUUUAGAUUUAGAUUAUUUAAAAUUUAAAACAAUUGAUCGUUUGAAAGUGCAGGAAAUUUCCUCAUUACUAUCUUUUAUUGUAAGUCAUUUUUCAUUAGAAAUGUUGUACGAUAUUAUUGGUGUCUAUGGUAAAGUUGGACAAAGUGGUCGACAAGACGAUGAUAUGUUCGAUCGAUUUAGUCAUCGUUGGACAGUUAUCGUUUUAGCUAUUUUUAUUAUAGCAAUUAGUGCCAAACAAUUUGUCGUUGAUGAUAAUACAGCGUUAACAAGACAAAUGGUUCGUGGUGCUAAUGGAUCUCAUAAAACACCGUAUUAUAUUUGGAUACCAUACAUAUUUCUGGCUGCAUCUUUAGCAACAUGGCUACCAGCUUGGUUCUGGCACAUUGUCGGACAUCGAGCCACAUUUGAUAUACCCGCUAUAAUUAAUCAAUUAGCUAAAAUGAAAUUAACAAAUCCCGAUGAUCGUAUUGAAAAUUUAACAAUUAUCGCUAAACAUUAUGAAAAAGUGGCAUCCUAUGCUAAAACAACAAAUCGUUUAUCACGAAAUAUGUUUCGGAAGAUAAUUAGUUAUUCAAUGUUUUUUGCUGGUGGUGGUGUACUAACGGGAAUUUAUUUUUUUGUUAAGUUAUUAUAUUUAAUAAAUUCCGUUGGACAGUUUUUUCUCAUGAAUUAUUUUUUACAAAUUGAUUAUUGGCAUUAUGGUCAAAGAAUAUUAUUUGGAUUAUUUAGUGGAAGUGAUUGGGCGGAAAAUAAACAAUAUUUUCCUAGAAUUGUCUAUUGUGAUUUUGCUAUUCGUUAUCUUGGUGAUAAUAAUCUUAACUAUACGGUCCAAUGUACAUUGCCAGUGAAUUUGUAUAAUGAGAGAAUAUUUGCAUUCUAUUGGUUUUGGCUUAUAUUUCUUAGUUUAACAACAAUUUAUGGUAUUACUGUUUGGUUAAUGCAGAUGAGUUAUCGAGGACGACGAAGUUUUUUGAAAAAACAUUUACGUAUUAAUCGGCAACUUUGUAUGACAUCAGAUGAAUCUAGUUCAUUUGAUGCUUUUGGUGAACGAUAUUUAGGUGGUGAUGGUAUUUUAUUCUUACGCCUAAUAGCAAAAAAUACGAAUCCAGUUAUAGCCGGUGAACUGCUUAGUAUUAUGUGGGAACGAUAUCAAACGCGUCGUAAUGCUACUAUUGCUUUAGCUAUAACUACAGGAAAUACGGGUGGUGGUAGUGGCGAUUCAUCAUACGGAAGUGAAAAACCGCCAAUAUUCGAUGCAAAUACAUUACCGUAUAAUCAACAACUAAAGCAAGACUGA